GACUCAGUCAGUCAUCAUCUCCUUCCUUUCUUUUUUUCUUAAUUUCCCAAAACUCUUCAAAAAGUCUCUGCUUUCAUUUUCCUCCUACCCGUAACUCUCAACCCCAAAUGCCCUAGCUUUCUUGCUGGGUCUCUUCAUUUUCUUCUUGAAACCUUUCUCAAAAGCAAAGAUUUUACACUGGAAAUGGAGAAAGAUGAUGUUCCCAUGCUUCCAGUUUCAGACUCAUCAUCAGCAUCCCGUAGUACUACUAGGCCUUUCACUUCCAGGUCACGUAGCGUUUCCCACGCAAACACUUCUUCAACCAUCGACGGUUUCGAUAGCUCGACUGUUGUUUUGGGCUACACAGGUCCUCUUCGAACACAGAGGAGGCCUCCUCCUCCUUUAGUUCAGAUGAGUGGCCCUCUUUCAUCUACUCGCAGUCCUGACCCACUCUUUCUUCCUCCUCCUACUGGUGAUGUCCCCUCCUCUCAAACUGAGAGGUACCCUUCUUUCCCUCCUCUCGAACACAAAAACUCAGAGGAAGAGUUUGUGUUGAAACACGCACAUCUCCUGAGAUCUGGACAGUUGGGGAUGUGUAAUGAUCCGUACUGUACCACUUGCCCUUCUUACUAUAACCGGAAAGCUGCCCAAAUCCCUACUUCUAGAGUUUCUGCUAUUUUUGAUUCCACUUUCCAUAAUCAUCUGUACGAUGAUGCCAAAGGUUGGGCUAGGCGGUUUGCAACAUCUGUUAAUAGAUACUUACCAGGAAUCAUGAAUCCUCACUCCAAGUUCGUUCAGAGUUGGACUAAGUUCUUUGCCCUUUCAUGCUUGUUGGCUAUUUUUAUAGAUCCUCUCUUCUUCUUCCUCAUAUUAGUCAAACAGAAAGACAAAUGCAUUGUGAUCGACUGGCCGAUGGCUACAGCCUUUGUAGCUGUUAGAAGUGUAACAGAUGUUUUAUUCUCUGUAAACAUUCUUCUUCAGUUCCGAUUAGCCUAUGUAGCUCCUGAGUCUACGGUUGUUGGUGCUGGCCAGUUGGUUGACCAUCCAAGAAAAAUUGCUAGACAUUAUUUCCGAGGAAAGUUUUUACUUGACUUGUUCAUAGUCAUGCCAAUUCCACAGAUAUUGAUAUUAUGGAUCAUACCAGCACACUUGGGCAUAUCUGGGGCAAACUAUGCAAAGAACCUUUUACGCGCUGCGGUUCUCUUCCAAUACAUUCCAAAGUUAUAUAGGCUGCUGCCACUACUUGCUGGACAAACACCGACUGGCUUCAUCUUUGAGUCGGCUUGGGCUAAUUUUGUUAUUAACCUUCUCACUUUCAUGCUUGCUGGUCAUGUCGUUGGCUCUUGUUGGUAUCUUUUUGGUCUGCAGAGAGUUAAUCAAUGCCUUCGAGAUGCUUGCGGUAAUUCUGAUCAUGAAUGUAGAGCUCUUAUAGAUUGUCGUCCUGGAAAUAGCGGUGGAUCGUUAGCUGCGUGGAGAAGUAACGCGAGUGCCGUUGCUUGUUUUCAAGAAGAUGGUUUUCCUUAUGGAAUCUAUUUGAAGGCAGUCAAUCUCACCGGUCAUUCUAGCCUCUUCACAAGAUAUAGUUACUCUCUUUUCUGGGGGUUCCAGCAAAUCAGCACGCUUGCUGGAAACCAAGUCCCAAGUUACUUUCUUGGGGAAGUCUUCUUCACCAUGGGCAUUAUUGGUCUGGGGCUUUUGCUUUUCGCUCUUCUUAUUGGCAAUAUGCAGAACUUCCUUCAAUCUCUCGGUCGAAGGAAUUUGGAAAUGACUCUGAGACGGCGUGAUGUAGAGCAAUGGAUGAGCCAUAGACGGUUGCCAGAAGAUAUAAGAAAGAGGGUGCGAGAGGCUGAACGGUUCAACUGGGCUGCUACUAGAGGAGUUAACGAAGAAUUGCUAUUUAAGAACAUGCCUGAUGAUCUUCAAAGAGAUAUAAGACGACAUCUCUUUAUAUUUCUUAAGAAGGUGAGGAUUUUUUCGUUGAUGGAUAAAGCAGUCUUAGAUGCUAUACGUGAGAGGCUGAAACAAAGGACUUACAUAAGGAGUAGCAUGGUCUUGCACCGAGGAGGUUUAGUUGAGAAAAUGGUAUUCAUUGUGAGAGGUGAGAUGGAGAGCAUUGGAGAAGACGGUUCUGUUCUGCCAUUGUCAGAAGGAGACGUUUGUGGUGAAGAACUUCUCACUUGGUGCCUCGAACGCUCUUCUGUAAACCCUGAUGGGACAAGGAUAAAGAUGCUGACAAAAGGUUGCGUUAGCUACAGAAAUGUUAGGUGUGUGACAAACGCAGAGGCGUUCUCGCUGAGUGUAGCAGAUCUUGAAGAUGUAACGAGCUUGUUCUCAAGAGUCCUAAGGAGCAAUCGAGUGCAAGGAGCCAUAAGGUAUGAGUCUCCUUAUUGGAGGCUAAGAGCAGCUAGGCAGAUUCAAGUGGCUUGGAGAUAUCGUAGGAGACGGCUUCAGAGAUUGUACACUGAUCAGUCCAGUUACAGUCUUUAGAUUGUAAUCUUCAUGCUAGAUGAUGGUGGUUAUCAUAUAGGUGGUGUUAUGUAUUACAUGAUAUGAUGAUAUAAGCUUUACUUAAAUUCAUCUUUUCACUAUAAAAAUAUGACAUCAAUGCAGUUGCUUUAAUCA